ACGUAACGCGUUUGCCUUCUCAUACCGUCAGAAAGCGUAGUGUGCGCGGGCGCGUCGUAAAUAAACAUUCGAAAUUCAAAAAUUUUAAAAGAAGAAUCGUUAAUUCAUUGUUAUAUUUGGAAAAAUAAAGUGGCUACAAAGUGUAACAAUGUUUUGAGUGAGAUAUUUUCCAUACCGUUGAGUAAACAUGAUGGAUUACUUAUUUAAUUAAAUUAUGACUACGAACGAAUGACGCAAAAUGACAAGAAAAUUUCUCUUCUGUUUCCCACUGCGGCUGGGAAACAUUGUGUUCGGGUACAUUGUGAUUAUAAUUAGUUUAGCAGUGGCAGCAGUUCAUCUAUACCAACUGGGGUUAAGUCUAGUUUCUAAAGACGAAGACUGUGAGAGGAGAUUCGGAAAUUUCGAAAAAUUGGAGACCAUUUUUGGGACUCAGAAGGAGGAUCUAGUCACGUUAAUUGUAAUAAUAUAUUACUUAACGUAUGUCAUUAUUGGAUUGCUGAUGUUUAUCUUCUCGGCUAUAUUCACCUGUGGUGCUUACAAGGUUAACGACUGCGCAAUCACGACGUUCUUCAUGUACAGCUUCGUCCACAUUUUCUUCUCUAUUGUUCUGAUCGUGUGGGAAGCGCUCACGGCGGGCUGGAUUCAACUAGGCCUGAUUGUUGUAUCAGAUGUGUUCCUCCUGGUUUGCCUGUUCAGCGUCAAGUACCUGAUGGAGGCCAUAAGAUCUGGCAACAUCUACCACCGGCCCGGAGAAGUGUUGGACAAAUAUUGACACAAACACAAGAUAGACAUUUUUGUACAUAGAUGAAACUGAAACACAUGCAUUACAUUGAAAGUUACAAGUCCUUUGAGCUCAAAGAGCUUUCAGUGAACUGAAGGGAAAUAUUAUUAGAAAUAUCCAAUGGAUUAGUAAAUCGACAAUGGUGUUUAUGCAUUCUAAACGUAUCGCGGGCUUCAAAAGUUCAAACCAUUGCAUAAGGGUGUAUCCGCAUUGUACUCUUACAUAUCAGGAUAAUAUAUAAACUUUUGCUGUUGUUACAAUUAUUAAUACGUCAAAAACAUUUCACAAUUUUCUUGAAAAGUAGUUCACUCGACAUUAUCAUUUUAUCAUAAAGAGACUGUCUCUUGGUAAUACUGGAAUCGAAAACUGCUUUUUUAUUUAUAAUAUGCUACUUACUAUGGUUUGACGCCCGCGAUAUGGAACGAAAUUGUUAGGUCCAAAUGUAGUGAUAUCCUUAAUUUGUUAAUUAAAUAUUAGGUUAUGGGCAACCAAAUUAGCAGCAUAAUCCAUUUUAGUCUUCAUUUUUAUGAAUUGAAACACUGAAAGACUGAAAAUACCUAACUCAAUGACAGAACGACAUUAGGUACGCAUUUUUUAUUUAAAUAAAAUAUUAGGUACCUACCUUUAAAGACGUAGUUGCUAAUAACUAAAUUUAUAAAUGUAGAAACCACGGAGGUGCGAUAUUGAGGGAGAAAAACAUUGACAAAAAGCGUUAUACCCGCGUUUUUUUGCACCCCUUAGAAAAAACCUGAUGACAUAAUCGAACGACCAGGUUUGCUUUUCAGUGAAGCAAAUGUGUAUAUAUCAAGUUAAAUACGAAGUUUUUUGAUUAAAAAUUUGUAAGGAGAAAAUAUUUUAAGCGAAAAUAUUUUUGAUCUUGCUGUACAUUUGAAAACUGAUGGUUCCAUUGUGUGG